AUAAGGAUACAUUAAGAUUUAAUUAAAACCAACGUAUCGUUGUUGUAUAUUAUUGUAUGAUAGACAUAUGUGGUGCCAAGGAAGAGAAGUAUAAAAUCUGUCGGAAACAAUCUGACAUCUGUCUACUAAACACAUAUCAACAUUUUUAUUAUUUUUUUAUCUCUUAACAAUAAAUGAGUAAUCGCCUACUAAAAUCGUAAUAAUAAUUAACACUCAACAGUUGACAUCAUAUGGAUAAUAGUCGCAUAAGAACUAUAUAAUACAAAUGGCUCCGAGAAUUAGUAGUUGGCCUGUAUGGAAUAAUUUAAUAAGUACAGACAACAAUAUAAGAUCGGCGGACAGUUGGAUUGAAGCACGUCGAAAGGAAGAUGGCGCAGACGGGUUAUGGAGAAUUUACGAUGGACUGUAUGAUCUUAAACAAUGGAUACAUAAACACCCCGGAGGAUCUCAAUGGCUAGAAAUUACAAAAGGUACGGAUGUUACAGAAUUAUUUGAAACGUAUCAUGUUAAUCAAAAAGCUGCAAAGGAAGUGAUGCGUAAAUUUUACGUGUGUCAAGCAAAGUCAACAAGAAAAUCACCUUUCACAUUCAAACCCGAUGGAUUUUAUAACGUAUUAAAGUCUAGAGUUAACAAGAAGUUAUCUGAUAUUAACCAUCGUGAUAUUUCCAUUAAAUCUAUACUAGUUAUCGAUACUUGGUUCUUCGUAACACUAAUCCUCAGCGCGGCAGUCGCUCAAACUCAAAGCACAUUUUUGGCCUUAUUGGCAGGUGUCAGUUUGGCGCUAGGAACCGUUGCAAGUCAUAAUUUCACUCACCUUAAGGACAAUUGGAGGAUGUAUUACAUGCAGUUAAGCUUAUUUUCAGUGAGAGAAUGGAGAAUAUCGCAUGUAAUCAGUCACCACGUUUACACCAAUACAAUACUAGACUUAGAGAUGAUAUUGUUACAUCCGUUUAUUCAUUGGUUUCCGACCAAUGACAAACCGUCAUUAGUUCGUUAUGUACCGUACCUUACUCUCGUUGUCUACCCUUUUAUUGCACCAGGACAAUUUGUCGUCAGAACGUUCAAACGCAUGAAUGAUAAAGCUGACUUUCUAAUGUUCGUUAUCCCUGGUAUAUUGAUGCUUUGUGGCCACAUGACCAUUGGUUCGGUGUUUAAUAUGUGGCUUAUUAUGAUACUGACAAGUAGUUUUGUGUUUUCAUUUCUUGGAUUUAGUGUUUCUCAUCAUUUUCCUAAUAACUUCCAUGAUGGAGACCAUAUAAGUGAUAAAGACAUCGAUUGGGGACUUCAUCAAAUAGAUACCAGCGUGGAACGGAACGAAAUAACUGAUAAUGUAUUUGUAUCUUUGGUAACGUUUAGUGACCAUACAUUGCAUCAUUUAUUUCCGGCUUUAGAUCACAGUUUAAUACCAUUCUUGCAAGACAUUUUCCUAAAUACAUGUGAAGAAUUUGGGUUAGAUAGGACAUCGAAACCAUUUACAUCUAUUAUACGCGGACAGUUUAAGCAAUUGGUUCGCCUGACUCCAAACAAUCCUAAGAGAAAACAUCGUUGGAAUUGAUUUAGGAAUGAAAAAUAUUAUCUAUUUUUGUAUUAUAAAGCUUAAAUUAUUAAAAGCUUUUCGCUAAAUUAUACACAGUGACUUUUUUAACAAAUGAUUUCACUUCAAAAGUUAACUUCUAAUAUACUGUAUAUAAUUAAGUGCAAAUUUUAUAAAUGACGCAAAUGUACCUACCUAUAUUAUUCAAAAUAUUAAUUAAAAUAAUACAUAUAAUAUUAUGUAUUAUACUGUAUGCACAUUGCACCUAUUAUAUAAAUUAUUAUAUUAUAUAUUAUGAAUUAUGAGUUAUAGUUUCUAGAUAGUUUACAAUUCAUUGUUUAUGUCAUUAAGUCAUAACAUAGGUACCAUUAUACCAAUAGACCUAACCUAAAUUGUAUUGGGUAGUAGAUGUAAAACAUAUUGUAAAAAUUUCUUCAUUGUAUCAUAUAUAUUUAUAAAGGUCUAUUGCUUACAAAAUUACAUAAGUAUGUCAUACUUAUAAAAUGUUGUUAUGUUAAUUGUUAAUAUUAUUUAUGUACUUAUUCAAUGUAAUAUUCUAUAUAAGAAAUCAUUAUAUAUGCUUACUUAUUGGAGCAGGGUAUGGGGGGUUAAACAUCUAAAACCCAGAUUACUAGCGAAUUAUUACGCAAAUAACCAGUUUUUUACCAAAUCGAUUUUUUUAUUUGGUUGUUAUUAAAAACUAAUCGCUGUAAAUACUUGAAAUUUUCACUAAAUGUUUAAAUUAGUGCUAUCUAUGAACAGUUAAAUUUUUAAAAUAUUUUGACUUUUUUUGAGGUAUUUGUAGUCA